AUGUCAGAUGUGUUUUCCAUUUUUAAGAAGAAGCGCAUAAAAAAAGCCAAACCGAGCAAAUCGUCCGUAAAAAAGGGCAAGGGGAGGAUUUUCAUGAGCGACAAGUCGCGUCGGAAGGCGUACGCGACGAGCCGAGCGGUGAGCAGCAGCCACGGCAGCGUCCUCCACAGGCACAGCGGUGAAUACCGGAAGGCGCCCGUGGGGGUGGCUGGCGGCGCGGCAGCGAGCAACCACAGUGCAAGAUUGAGCGGCGUUGUCCACGGAAGCAUCAACGGGGGCAUCGAGGACCCCCCGUUCGGCAAACUCCCGACCAUCAAACUGCUCAACAGCGAGUCCAACGUCGUCGUGGAGAAUUUCCCAAAGCUGCCGAUAAAGAACAUCGAGUCGUGCGAAGACGUCUACAACAUAUUUUACAUAAGGGACCAGUACCUCAUAGGAAAUAAGAGCAUCCAAAUUAAUAAUGACCAUUUGAUUCUCCUGGAGACUACCCUAGACAAGCUCGACUCAGCCAUAACGGAGCUAGACACAGAAGACAGCUACUCCACCAAGAAGAUCCUGACGAGUGUAUACGAGAAGGUCUUCAAUUUGUAUAGGAGCUUCAAAAGCAUGAGGAGUUUGCCCCCCCAAUUGUCUAAUGCGUACAGCUGCUUCCAAAGCAACGUCAUCUUUGUAAAGGGAAAGCAAUUUAAAAAAAACUACGUGUUCGAUAAUUUGGUAAAUGUCUAUACGUAUCUACAGAACAGUGAGCUUCAACAGGAUAACAUCGAAACGAUCAACCAAGCCAUUUAUAUAAAUGACAAGAAUGUCUCCGCUCCGUCCUUCAUUAAUAAAAGUAUCCUCACCUCCAAUGGGCAUGUAGAAGAAAAUAUUGAAUACCUGCCUAUGAAAUUUAACCCCCAUUUUAUAGAACUAAAUAAGAUCUCCAUUUACUACCUUUUUGAAGAAUCUAUUAAUCACAUCAUAUGGCAGAAGGCUCUGGACGAGUUAGUCGUUGUAAAAGCGCUGGCAGAUAUUCCCUAUUUGGACCUUUCUGAAGUGGAAGGAUUUGAUUUUAAGAGGAUGAAGUCCGGGCAACGGCAAUGGUAUCCUGUGUACAUUGCUAAAGAAUUAAGUGAGGAAGGACUAGCCACCGUGGAAUUCCCCUUUUGGUUUUACAUAGACAAUUUGAAGAAUAUUUACAGAAAGGAGUUCGAGGAUGUGCAUGAGCUGACGGACCUGCCGAGCCCCUUCUUCUUCGAGAUCUCUUCGAUGUUCCUGGAGAACAACGCCUUCAAGAACUCCACGCCGAUCGAGACCAUCGGCCAGCGCACGCCCUACAAGUACAUCCUCAAGGUGGCAGGCCUCAUCCAGGACAUCCGCCAAAAGCGCAUCCACAAAAUUAUGAACAAAUUUAAAAACUUCGACGCCCUGUCAGAAAUUAUGAUCAUCAACAACAUCCAGAUUUACGAGACCUACUGCGUGAACUAUUUGGCUUCCGUUUUUUUCCAGAGCAAGGGGUCCAGGGGCUCUUUGACGGACGGCUUCGACGUGCGCAACUACCUCUUCGACCCCUUUGUGUUCAGCGCCUGA